GCUCGCUUCUGGGCUUGGUUAGUGAUUUGCGCGUCGUCGUCGUUGCUAUGGCAGCAGGAGAGCUGUCACUGCUUCGAGAACAGCCGCCCUCAACCUGCACGAGUCUGCUCGGAGGUGUGACCUCAGGCGAACGAAGUUGUAAAGCAUAUGAGAGAGCCUCCGGGAGAGACGAUGAUUUUGAUGACAGCGACAAGUCUGAUGGCGCCGAGGGCCAGGCGGACAGUUGCGAACAUUCCUCCCACUCUGUCACCAGCCGUACCACAGAGGAUCUGGACAGCUCUGAACAGCUUCAUGACAGACUCACUUGUCAGUCGAUUGCUGAGCACGUCGACCCCGGUGCAUCGCGGGAACAGGAGAGAGCAGAAGAGGGCGGCGUCAUACAGAGCGAAGGAGACGUCUUGGAGUUGCUGUCUUCUCUGCUGCACGGUGAACAGACCUUGGAGCAUCUGGAAGUGUCAGAUUCACAGGCAGUCACCGUCGGCAACGUCACGUAUGUCUUGGGCGAUAUCAAGAUGAAGGAAGUGGUGCAGGAGAACACCCUUAAGCAGCAGAUUUUUGUGAAGAAGCGAGGGGAGUCUACCGACGAUCAGCUACAAGUGGUGAGCCGCAAGGAGUGGCUGGCGGAGCCUCCCUCGCAGCCAGUGGACGUGGUUGAGGGUCCCCUUAACCUGGUCAUCAUCAGUCAAAGGGAUUAG